UUAGUUGAUUAAUUGUAUUUCCAUUGUAUUAUUAGUAUUAUAAAUAUAUAUAUAUUUUUUUUUCUUCCUUUUUUCCCUUUGAAAUAAUAACCAAAAAACUAAUCAUCUUGAAUCUUGUAAAAAAUAAAUAUCAUCAGACACUAUGAAAGACUGUGACACUGAGUGUCCGAGGAAAAAGUUAAAAUUAUCAAAUCUUGAAUAUGAACCUUCCUGUAUAUUGGAAUAUCUUGAACACAAGUAUAAAACAUUACGUGAAAUGUGUGUAGACCACCUGUUAGAAUUGUUCUACCUUGAACAUCAAGGACCUUUUAUGGACUAUUAUAGUUGGCGGAAAAAACCGUUUUCAGUUGACCUACUGCAAUAUCUUAAUGAAAAUAUUCCUGGUAAGGAUUUUGUCCAGUUACAGCCUCUCUCUCAGCCAGUUCCAUCAUCACUAUCACAACCACAUCAAGCAGUAACAGCUACCGCCGCUCCUAUUGUACCAGUCACCGCGUCCAUAUCCAUUUCUAUCGCCUCAGAAAGUAUCACCACAAUAACAACAUCAGUACCUACAAUCACAUCAAUCUCAUCGACCACCUCAAUAACCACAACCACAUCAUCUACUAGUGUUAAAACUUCAACAAUUCCUUCAAGUUCAUCCUCACCAACUCCUAACCUUGUAGCAACACCUACUACCACCAAUAAACAGCAUUCCAUCGCGUCCGUUUUUGAUAACUUCAUCGGUGAAGAUGGCGCUUAUCGAGCUAAACAAGAAGCCAUUGUCAUGAGUAGAAUUGCCGAAUUAAGAAAAGAAGGCCUCUGGUCAGCUAAAAGAUUGCCAAAAGUACAAGAUCCUCCAAGAGCCAAAGCACAUUGGGAUUAUCUAUUAGAGGAAAUGGUCUGGUUGGCCACAGAUUUUGCUCAAGAAAGAAAAUGGAAAAAGACGGCAGCCAAAAAAUGCGCUAGGAUGGUAAUGAAAUAUCAUCAAGAUAAAUGUAUGCAAGCAGAAAAGGCCGAAAAGGAAGAAAUCUUGAGGCUGAGAAAAAUAGCUGCAACCAUAUCCAAAGAAAUUAGAACUUUCUGGUCAACAGUUGAAAAAUUAGUGGAAUAUCGACAACAGACAAGACUCGAAGAGAAGAGAAAGAAAGCAUUAGAUUUACAUUUGAAUUUUAUUGUCGAUCAAACUGAAAAAUACUCAUCUUGGCUCGCUGAUGGCUUAUCUAAACCAAUUAUAAGUACAACAUCAGGAGGUAGUGAUAAUGGUUCAACAAUUGAAUUAAAUGCUAGCUCUAAAUUAAGCAGCGUGUCUGGUGAUCAGGAAUUCGAGCCAAACACGUUAAAUGAAUCUGAUGACGAAGAAACUAUCGCCAAAGACGAAGAGGAAUAUGGGACGGAAGAUAAUAAGAAAGAAUUGGAUCUGCUUAAAAAAGAAAGUGAUAUGUUAAUUGAAGAUGUAAUUAGCUCUCAGACUGAUAAUGUUCAACAAACGGAAAUAAUGACAAAGGAAAACGCUGAUCAGACUAGUCGUGAUGAAGAUUUCAAAUUAGAAUCAGCUGAAGAAGAAGAAGAAGACGAUGAAGAAACAAUUGCUGAACAAGAGAAGCAAGAGAAAAAUAUCGAUUAUAGUGGUGAAAUUAAGGAAUUAGAAGAUGAGGCCAACUUAUCCAUAGACGAAUUAAGGAAAAAAUAUACAGAUCUAGAUGAAAUCGUUCUCUCCGAUGGCGAGGAAGGUUACGAAAGUACCGGAGAAAGUGACGAUGAGACUAAUGAAGAUACUGAAAAUGAUGACGAAGCUUUAACAGGAGAUGAAUCUGAACCCGAAGAACUUGGUAUGGAAUCGUUACUUGAUGGUGACUCAGAAAGUAAAGAGACUCCAUUGAUUGAAGUCGUUUCUUCCGAUGGCAAGAAAGUUGCGGCUGAUCCAAACAAAGACAUCAGUGAUAUUGCCGCUGGAGCUGAAAGUAUUAAACCAAAAGGAUUUACAUUAUCCACAGCGAAUGUUGUUACCAAAGUUCCUUUUCUUCUUAAACAUACACUCAGAGAGUAUCAGCAUAUCGGUUUAGACUGGCUCGUAGCGAUGUGUGAUAAAAAAUUAAAUGGUAUUUUAGCUGAUGAAAUGGGUCUUGGUAAAACGAUUCAGACCAUUUCCUUAUUAGCUCAUCUUGCCGUUGACAAGGGUAUUUGGGGUCCUCAUCUUAUUGUUGUGCCAACAAGUGUAAUGCUCAAUUGGGAAAUGGAGUUUAAAAAAUGGUGUCCCGCCUUUAAGAUACUUACUUAUUAUGGUAAUCCGAAAGAAAGAAAAUUGAAAAGACAGGGUUGGACUAAACCAAAUAAGUUCCAUGUUUGUAUCACAUCGUAUAAACUUGUUAUUCAAGAUCAUCAAGCCUUUAGGAGGAAAAAGUGGAAAUAUCUUAUUCUCGAUGAAGCUCAGCAUAUCAAAAACUUUAAAUCUCUUAGAUGGCAAAUGCUUUUGAAUUUUAAUUCAUCUCGUCGUCUACUUCUCACUGGAACUCCAUUACAAAAUAAUCUCAUGGAACUUUGGUCUCUUAUGCAUUUUCUGAUGCCCAAUGUAUUCGCAUCUCAUAGAGAUUUUAAAGAUUGGUUCGUGAAUCCUGUCACUGGUAUGAUUGAGGGUAAUCAUGAGUAUAAUGAAAAUAUAAUUAGGAGAUUGCACAAAUUACUGAGACCAUUUCUGUUGCGUCGUAUCAAAGAUGAAGUCGAAAAACAGUUACCAAAGAAGAUAGAACAUGUGAUCAGUACUCGUCUUUCCAAGAGGCAAAGAUAUUUAUAUGAAGAAUUUAUGAGCCUUGCCAAAACCAAAGAAACUCUUGCCUCUGGUAAUUUUCUGAGUGUGAUAAAUGUUUUGAUGCAACUAAGAAAAGUAUGCAAUCAUCCAAAUCUGUUUGAACCGCGGCCAAUUACCUCUCCGUUUUCCAUGGAAGGGAUCACUUACCAUACUGCAUCAUUAGUUACUACACCUUUGGAUUAUGAUCCAUUUAGGAAUGUCAAUCUAGAUUUUUUAAAUUUAAGAUUUGUCAAUUAUUCUGUUCCUCCGUCUUCACUUAGUGCAAUAGCACAACAUAGAAUAAGUGAAUACCAAGCAUCUCAUAGAUUAAUUGAAGAAAUCGAUUCAGCUCCUCCCCCACCACCCAGAAUUCCCAAAGCAAAGCUACAGCUUCGCAUCAACGUUAAAACAAAUACAUCUGCCAUCCCAUCUCCAUCAAUACAACUUCAGAAAGGUUUUCAAAUUCAAUCAAAAACAUUACCCUCUGUACAGAUUAGAUCUUUUAAUAAUAUUCCAUUGAUUGUUGGCUCUGGUCAAACUCAGACGGCUCAAUCAAAUUCAAUCCAAGGACCUAGGUUAUUUUUAUUAUCCGCUCCAAAUAAUUCAGCUUUUACUCCUUUAAAAACCAGUACAACAAUAGGUAACUCAGGUGUCAUUGUCACUGACAAUAAUUCCUCAGUAUUGGGUGGGACUCCUGGAAGUAUUGUAAAAAAAUUGACAUUGACUAAAUCUCUUCCACCCGUCCAGUCAAGUGUUUUAACUAAUCAACGGGUUAAAAUACCCAUUGGAAAGUUGUUACAAACAUCAUCAGGACAACAUAUUCUGGUUAAUCCUGUACAAUCUUCACUGGUUAAUCAGUCUACGCCUAUUGUUUUCCCCGGUAAUGUAAAUAUUUCACAAAGUUUAACUCAAUCAAGAGUCAGUCUUGCUGAAAAGCAAUCAAAUAGUGAUAUUCCAAGUGAGAAGAAUGAUAAUUCACCCUCAGAAAGCCAUACCAAGAUCUUGGACGAAAGGAGAUACGUUGAAAGAAGAGAAAAGCUUCGUCGAAUAUCGAGGAUAAACGCACGUCGAUGUUCAUCAACGGCACUUUAUGCUCCAGAUCUUAUUCAAAUGUCCACCGUCUCAAGUCAUCCAAGUCAAAUCUGUGUGGAAUCCAGAUUAGGAAACUCUAUCUACAACAAUGGUCAAGGAUACUUUCAUUGUAUUCAUAAUCAACUUCGUGACCGUCGACCAAGAGAUUUUUUUUAUUACUCUGAUUGUUUAACAACCAUUUUAAAGACUCCCGAAGACCUUACCAAUGAUCUCAAUGAUGUUCUCAAAAGAUAUGUUUUCCUUGUGCCACGAGUUUCAUCCCCUCAAAUUCAAUUGCAUGUUUCUCAUCCAACACCUUGGAAAACACAAUCCGAAUCAAAUAUGAUUGAAGAUCUACGAAUAGGAUUAUCUUCUAAAUGUGAUUUACUUCAUCCAAUAAUAUCAAAUUUUAGAACACAAUUUCCUGAAUUACGAUUAAUUCAAUAUGAUUGUGGUAAACUACAAAAACUGGAUGAACUUUUAUACGAAUUAAAACAAGGCGGUCAUCGCGUAUUAAUAUUCACCCAAAUGUCUCGAAUGUUGGAUAUUUUUGAACAAUUUCUUAACUAUCAUGGUCAUACUUAUCUCAGAUUGGAUGGCUCAACAAAGAUUGAGCAGCGUCAAGCACUCAUGGAAAGGUUCAAUGCCGAUAAACGAAUAUUCUGUUUCAUUUUGUCCACUCGCUCGGGUGGAAUCGGUGUUAACUUAACCGGAGCUGAUACUGUGAUAUUUUAUGAUAGUGAUUGGAACCCAACUAUGGACGCUCAAGCUCAAGAUAGAUGUCAUCGAAUCGGACAAACAAGAGAUGUUCAUAUUUACAGAUUGAUAAGUGAGAAAACUGUUGAAGAAAAUAUCCUUAAAAAAGCAAAACAAAAGCGUCUCCUUGGAGAUGUUGCGAUCGAAGGGGGUAAUUUCACUACAGCGUUUUUCAAGAAGGAUACACUUCAUGACUUGUUCGGUGAUGUGGACACUGGUGCCAAGAAAAUGGAAAGUGAAAAAGCGCCAGAAACAACAAUUUCUAGUGAAGAGAGAAAGACUCCAGUUCCUGAAGAAAGUAACAAAGUUCUUGUUGAAUUGGAACAAGCAUUGGGAACAGCUGAAGAAGACAAUGACGUUGCUGCUGCUAAAACAGCUCGAGCUGAAGCAGCGGCAGAAUAUGCUGAAUUUGAUGAAUCUAUUCCACUUGAUAUUGAUGGUGAAAAGGGUGAAGAAAAAUCACCAGUAGAAGAUGAACUUGAUAAAAUCAUUGAACAGCUUACUCCUAUUGAACGUUAUGCUAUGCAAUUCUUGGAAUCAAUUCAAGAGCCUUUCACAACAGAACAGCUUAAGCAAGCUGAGGAGGAAAUUGAAGCUUCUAAAAAAGAAUGGGAACUUGGACAUCUCAAAUCUUUAAAAGAAGAGGAAGAAAGAGCUACCAACGGAAGUGAUAGUGACCAAGAUGAUAUCUUAGCCAUGUCGAGAGAAGAAGCUUGUCAGGUUUACAUCUCAUACAGUUCAACUGGAAUGGAGCAAAUGCCUGUUUGGACUCCACCAACACCACCACAAGACUCAAAUGAUCUUUACAUUGACUAUUCUUUGGCAUUCACUUACGAAACUUCGGUUAUGCCUGAAUCUCAAGUCCCCCCUGUUUAUGUUGCCAAAGAAAACAAACGUUUGAAAUUAGAUCAUAGAGUCAUUGCUCGUAAUAAACAACACAAGUUACGCAAAGAUGAAGUUAUCAAUAUUCCUAGAUCAUUAUUUGAUAAUACAAUUCCAGCUUUGCUUAAACUUCGUCGUGAGCUUCGUCUACAAAAAUUGAAAGGUCUAUUUACCGGUGGUCCUGAUGUUCAUCGUUUAACAAAAACACUCAUCUCCAUUGGAGCCAAUGGUAAUCUACCUCAACCACCAACUCUCACUCAACAAGCAGCAAAUAGUAAACAGCCUCAAGUUUACCUUCAAGGUCUUCAAUAUGAAAGUCAAAUCCAUUGGAACAUUAAUGAAGAUUGGGCCAUUCUACGUGUUAUUCAAUUCCAUCAAGAGUUAUGCCUUAAUCUAUUAGUUCUUACUCCAGGCCAUAUUCCUAAUUGGGAUCUAGUUUCUGAUGCUGUUAAUUCUGAAGCUUUCAAUUUUAGAUCCCCUAAACUUUGUCGUCAUCACUAUGAAAGUGUUGUUCUACAGCGUGAAGAGGGUAAACUAUUACAUGAUCCUUCCCCCAAGAAAAGUAAAAAACUGCAAAAAGCUGCCGUUGCUGCAGCGGCCGCAGCAGCAACGGCAGCAGCCGCUUUGGCUGCCACACCAAAUACAACAAAUUCCCCUGUCCCUUCAGGGCAAGCAACUUCUACUCUACCUAAACCUAGUCAAGGCAGGCCAAUGCGAACAAGUCACAUUUUCCUACAAGAUAAAAAUCAUUCAUUUACACAAUUCUGCAACUCCCGAUUUGAAACCAUCAAGCAGAUAGCAAAUAAAAAGCAGCCAACAGUGAAAUUAUUUUUAAAUGCAACUGGUAAGAAUCCCAAACAUAUUGCAAUGCUGGGUGAAUAUGGUAUUAAUUAUGAUCAGCCGAUGACUCCUAUGCAAAUAGCUCUGAAUAGAGCAGAAAGAUUGGAUAAAGAGAAAGCUAAAACUAGACAGCAGCAAAUUACUGAACAACAAUUAUUAUCAGAAGCACAGAAACAAAUUGUUCGGCAGAAACAACAACAACAGCAGCAACAAUUACAAAGACAAGUGUCUGUCAAUCAACUUGCUCAGCAAGGAGGAGGAGGUGGUGGAGGUAUUGUUGCUCAGAGACCUACAAUGAGUCAACCAGCAACUCAAAUUUUUACUGAUAAACAAGCUCAAUCUGUUCAUCAGCAACCAACACCCCAACCAACUUUACCAUCUACUUCACAAUUGCAAACACAAAUACUGAGUCACGUUCAACCGCAAGCACAAGCAUCAGCAUCAGCAUCAGCAUCAGUAGCACCAUCAACAUCAGCAUUAGCACCAACAGCACCAGCACAACCUCAAGUACAAGCACAAACUUCACAAGCGAUUCAAAUACCUCAACAAUCUCAAGGGCAAAUUAUUCAAUUAAAGCAACAGCCCCCACUCAAAACCGUUUAUCACGGACCAUCGAUAACGUUACAACCCUCUCAACAACAACAAUUUCAACAAGCUCUUCAUCAAGCUAAAGUAACUACAUUUAGUCAAUAUUCUGGUAACAAAGCACCCAAUACCCAAUUUGUCAUGACUAAUUUUGGAACGGCAAAUAAUCCUCAAAUUACCAAAGCUCUUAAUCAUCUUGUUGGUCUUGGCCAAUCUUCUCAAUCAAAUGCAUCCUUGGGUCAAAUGGGCACAGUUCUACCUCAAGCUACUCGAAUAACCGCUUCAACAAGCAGUGGUGGUACAGUUCACAUACCAAUUGCCGCUGUUCAAGGUAUUGUUUCAGGGGCUCAAACUCCAACAGUUUCGGUAUUAUCUUCUCAACCAAGCGGAGCAGUUCUUUCAGUUACAGCCUUGCCACAGAAUCAAAAUCAGAAAAUUUUAGCUGCUACAAUAAUUCCUUCUAAUAGCCCUCAAGUGGCGGGCACGAAUAUCACUCAGAGUCAAUUGCAGCAAGUUUUCAAGAGCCAGUUGCUUCUUAGGCAGCAACAGCAAAAACAACAACAGCAACAACAGCAGCAGCAACAAGCUUCUCAGCAACAGCAACAGCAACAGGCUUUGCUACUACAAUCUCAACAGGCCUCUCAGCAGCAACAGCAACAACAACAACAACUGCAACAACAGCAACUCCAGCAAUUACAUCAACAACAACAACAACAACAGCAGCAGCAACAACAACAACAAAUUACCCCACAACAACAAGCAAUGAAUGUCGCAAUCCCCCAGGACACUGUUCCAAAUCCAUCCAAAAGAUUAGCCAACACGCUGGAUCAAAGUAAUUCACUGAUAAAAUAGUUGGUUAAUUAUUGAAACAAUGGUAACAAGUAAACACUGAAUUCAAUUAUAACAAAUUGAAAUGAAUGAGAAAAAAAAUCAAGACAAAAAAACAAAACAAAAUCAACUAACAAACACAAGCUCUUAAGGCGCAAUCUGAAAAAAAUAAUAACAAUCAAAUUUACCAACUACUAAAUUAGAGCAGAUCGAGAGUCCAGUUGAUUGUUAUCUUUUGAUUGUUGCUAACUAUUAUUGUAAUAAAAUGAUUAAUAAAAUCGUGAAAUCGUGUAUAUGA